GUAGCAAACUAUGCAGUACGCAUAACUUCUUGCGUUGUCUUUUAAACAUUGCAUGUGAUUCGAAAGAUUGUGAUACUGUGUGACAGGAUUCCAUUUUUCUUUGCUUUGGCCGUUUCUUAAUACAGACGUGAUAAACACGUGAGCUAAAAAUCGGCAAGGAGGUUUUAACAUUAUGUGCGUCCGGCUUAUGCAAUUGACGCCUGUAACAUUAUGGAAGAAGCAGUGUCGACAAAGGUGGCAUAAAAGGCAGGAAACGGAAGCAACGCAAAGACGAGCAAUUAAACAACUGCUUCAUAGCGUGGGCACAAACAUAUCAGAAACUGAAGAUGAUGAUGAUAUUAACGAUAGCGACAGCGCUCGAUAUAAUCACAGCAAAAGGAAAAUCCACUUUUUACCUACACCCUUUUCUGAGUGGGAGCAACAAGAACCUGUUAAAUAUAUAACCACCCUCACCCACACAUUGCUCUUCUCUCUUCCUUGCUCACUGCUGAUACUGCUGAUCAACUUAGUGGAUUCCUCUAAAGCAGCGGAUGUUAAUAACCUCACAUUCAAUAUUAGCAGAACGGAACUCUUAUUUCGCGUUAAUCAGACAAGAAACGAUACAAAUGAACCAGCUACUACUGCAUCGUCGUUGAUCCAAAGGAACAACAAAGAAUUGGAGACUGCCGACGGCGAUUACACGAGUGAAUAUAUCUUUGAUCGCACCGAUAUUCGGAUUAUAUUCAUCAUACUUUAUACCCUUGUAUUUUGUUGUUGCUUUUUUGGCAAUUUACUUGUAAUAUUGGUAGUAACGCUUUCCCGUCGCCUGCGAUCUAUAACAAACUUUUUCCUGGCUAACUUGGCAUUCGCCGAUUUUUGCGUAGGUCUCUUUUGCGUUAUGCAAAAUCUGUCAAUCUAUCUUAUAGACAGCUGGGUCUUUGGAGAGUUUCUUUGUCGUAUGUAUCAAUUUGUCCACUCCCUGAGCUACACUGCGUCCAUAUUUAUUCUCGUUGUCAUAUGUAUGGAACGCUAUUUUGCCAUUGUCCAUCCAAUAACCUGCAGGCAAAUUUUAACUGCGACACGAUUAAGAAUGGUUAUUGUCAGUGUAUGGAUUACAUCGGCGGUGUAUUCUACGCCGAAAUUUGUAUUCAGCAAAACUAUAAAAAAUAUUCACACUGAGGAUGGUCAGGAGGAGGAGAUUUGUGUGUUAGAUCGUGAAAUGUUCAAUUCCAAAUUACUGGAUAUGAUUAACUUUGUACUUCUCUACGUAAUGCCCUUGCUAGUAAUGACUGUGUUGUAUAGUAAAAUAGCCAUCGCAUUGUGGCGCAGUUCACGUGGCCUCACCCCGCAUAUGUCCCAGCAGCACCAACCAUCUAGUGAAGAAAAUAGCAUGAGUCUACAUAACAGCAUGUACCAUCGCCAUACCCAUAAUUACCAUUCUACUCAUUAUCAUUCGCACUCUCACCUUCAUGAACUUCAUAAUCUGCCGACGGGAGUUGGACCCACAAUGGCAGCUGGCGAAGCAUCACUCGCUUCCACUAGCAAUUCCCAGUGUUUGUCACUUCAAAAUAGUGCUAAAUAUGAAAAGCGUGACGUCAGCAUCGCUGAAAGUCAGCUUGAUAAUUACAAGGUCUCGCUGGAAGCGGAUCGGACGAUAGUAACUGCCUGCCGCAAGUCCAGCUUUUCUCAUCCAUCGAACUCGUAUACUGCUCGUUGUACUGGUGCAAAUAGUGGAGGAGGAGCAGGUGGAACACAUUUGUCGCAUUCAUCCAAUAAUGUCCUACGAGCACGAAGGGGAGUCGUUCGUAUGCUGAUUAUUUUUGUGCUGACAUUUGCGCUGUGCAAUUUACCCUAUCAUGCGCGGAAAAUGUGGCAAUACUGGUCACGUUCCUACCGCGGUGAUUCCAAUUUUAAUGCGCUGUUAACACCGCUGACUUUUCUGGUCACGUAUUUCAAUUCGGGUGUUAAUCCCCUACUAUAUGCAUUUCUCAGCCGCAAUUUUCGAAAGGGGAUGAAGGAGCUACUGCUAUGCUCAUGGAAGAAGGGCAAAGGGAAGUCAUCCUCAAAUUCAUCGAUGCAUCACAAGCGUAAGGCAUUACAGACCCAUUCAUUGCCCACUGAUACCACGCACAUCGGCAAUGACCAACUAUGAUGGCCAAGCUGCUGGAACACGAACAUCAGAAUAUUUGGACGUCGGCAAUAAAUUCGCACAUUCGAAGUAUUAGAAGUAGAAUUUUAGAGUUUAUAUACUAGACGUAAUAUCAUCGUGAUAAGAUUAAUAAAUUUUAAAUUUUAAAACGCUUGUUUAAUCAUUAGUAUAUAUUACUAUCAUUGAUACGUGUACUACGAAUAAACAA